AUGAAGAAGUUUAAGGAAGCAUUUAGCUUAGUAGGAAAUGAUGCAACGGUGUUAGGUGGUAAGUUCCUGCAUUUACGUUGUUGUGCUCACAUUAUUAAUUUAAUUGCGAAAGGUGGUUUACAUGACCUUAAGGAUAAUGUGGAGGCUAUUCGGAAUGGUGUUCAAUAUGUUAGAGCUUCUAGUAAAAGGCUUGAAGCGUUUGAGCAGAAAGUUGAGUCAGGAAAGAUGACAAGAGGGAGUUUAUCAUUGGACUGCAAAACAAGAUGGAACUCCACUUAUCUGAUGUUAACAAGAGCAUUGAAGUUCAGAUUGGCUUUUGAUAGAAUGAAGGCUGAAGAUAAGCUGUAUAAUGAUUAUUUCUGUGAAACCGUUGAAGGGAAAAAGAGGAUUGGACCGCCAAGUGAAGAUAAUUGGGAUGAAAUUGAAAGGUUAGUAAGGUUUUUAGUUAUCUUCUAUAACUCUACCUUGGUAGUUUCAGCAUCAUCGACUGUUAGCUCCUAUAACUGUUACAAUGAAAUUGUAACAAUAGAGAGGAAUCUAUUGCCAUUGAGCACUAAUUCUGAUCUGAAGCUUAGCUUAAAGGCAGAGGCUAUGAGAGAUAAGUUCAAUAAGUACUGGGAUGGAUCAAAGAAGCUAAAUAAGAUGCUGAUCAUAGCUAGUGUCUUUGAUCCGAGGAACAAAAUGAAGUUUGCGAAUCUUUGUUUUGAUAUACUCUAUGGUAAAGACAGUGCAAAAUCUAAGGAGCUUACUAAAGCAGUUAAGGAGGUUCUAGAAAAUCUGUUUGACGAGUAUAAUGCAUCAUCUUCAUCUCAGUCGCAAACUGCAUCAUCAUCUCAGAGUGGACAGGAGUCUCAAGGCGAUCUGUAUCAGAAAAUGGAUUUUGAAAGUGAUAUCGAAUAUCAAAGGGUGGACACUAUGUACAACGAGUUGGUUAAUGAGAAUUGUUUUCAAGAUGCAAGUUCAGAGUUGGAGUUAUAUCUGAAGGAGAAAGUGGAAACUCCAAAGGCUAACCAGCUUGGGAUAAAGUUUGAUGUCUUGGGAUGGUGGAGGAUCAACAGUCCUAAGUAUCCUAUUCUAGCCUCAAUAGCAAAGGAUGUACUUGCUAUGCAAGUGUCUUCUGUUGCAUCUAAAUCAGCUUUUAGCAAUAGUAAUAGGAUUUUAGACCCAUUUAGGAGUUGCUUGACACACUACAUGAUUGCGCAAAUGCUUGCUGAGAUUGAGUUGCAGGAUAGUCUUGAGAAAGAGUUUGAGUCGCUAUGCAAGCUGUGA